CAUGAAGCUCACUACAGCCCCAACAGGCCUCCGUGCCCCGCCCGAUGCGCAGCCCACCCAUGGAGCGGCCUCGAGUGCGUCCUGGCUUGUUUGACACCGACCCUCUCAUGGCGUAGCAGACUUCACCAGCGAAGUGAUCUCGGCCUCAGAGGUGACGACGUUGUCGGCAUGUGCUCGCAGGUUGCCGAUCAGCGACCGCAGGCUGAAAGGUUGCUGGGUAUCCCAUGCGGCACAUCAACUGGCACAGCCCUUUCACAUUUGGAGGCUAAAGCAGAUGGCGUGCUUGCUGUCGUCUCUGGGUGGUGGCAGCUUCCAUUACAGGAUGAGUUUUGCUGCAAUUCCUCUGGUUAUCAGCCCCCUGAGGAUGCAGUAUUUCAGUGUUUUCGGCCAGAUGCCCCAACAUGUUCUCCGUCAUCUGUUUCUGCUGGUCAACCCAAGAGUUACCCAACGGACAUGGCCAAGGCGCUGGUUGCCAAUGAUCUGACACUGAAUUGGCGGCCAAGUGGGGAUAACUUGUUUCAGAAUCCGGCUUCCGCCGAACAUACUGAGGUCAGACAGGAAGCUGCGCAGAUAAUCCAACAAUGGUUUCGGUCUAUCGCGAGGGGCGCAGACAUUGCAGCUAAUGCUACUACCUCAUCGUCUUCAGUAUGCUCCACGGUGUCCGACACAGACUUGGCAGAGGAACGCACGAAUCUGAUCAUGACCGCCACCGAGUUUGAAUCGCUCGUGCAAGCCGGGGCGCUUCGGGAUAACACCCGCUACGAAAUAGAUGUUUCGGGAGUCUGCACCCGGUGUGGAGGGGAGCUGGCGGCGACCUGGUUCGAAGCUUGUGACGGUGACACGCUGGUGUGCACUGGAUGCUCUUCCGUUACAAUGGACGAGGAUGGGCGUGACCUCAUCCGUGCAGACAGGGCUUGGGAUGCCUCGAGCGCCGAGCCGGCGGAGCGGAAGGCCGUCCCCGACGAAAUUGGUUGGCCAGACUUCGACGUCCGCACGCAGGAGGAGAUCCAAGCAUGGUACAUGGAGAGACUAGAGUUAAACUGGAGCACCGUCGACGAAAUUACCUUGCUCGGCGCGGCGAGGGCCGAGACGGAGCGCGGCGCAGCUCGGACCACGGCAGGCAGGGCGACGCGCGGCCGCGGAGAGGAGCACGCCGCGCGCGCCGGGCACUCGGCGGACCCACUGGAGCCUCCUGCGAUCGACGGAGGAUCCGCGCAAG